AUGACUGAGCCCAUCGCCGAAGGCAGAGACAGCUAUUACCUCAUCGACACAAAUGCGCAAUAUUCCUCGCCAAAACCAUCACCACUAGAUAACCUUCUCAAGCUCUAUGGAUUGGAGCCCAUAGCGAAGUCGUUGGAACGCACGAAACCCGACGGGUCCAAAGGUGUCAAGCUACGGAAGUCCUAUAAAAACCACAUCCAGGAUCUUCCUGGGAAACACCAGAUCCCUCCGGCCAAACCAGUCCCAGCUGCUCUUCUCGACCCGAACUUGAGCCAGCAGCCAGACCUUAUUCGGGAGCUAGACGCCGAGAUGUUAGGCAACGCCUUGAAGUUCGAGAAGACGCCUGUGAGCGGGAUUCCGGGCUUCAACACGGCCGACUUGGCCAUCAGCGACCAGCUGACGCUAAUGAGAGGCGAUGAUAUGAGUGAGAACGAGGAGAACAGAAGGAAGAGAAAGAAACAGGCGGCUCAUCAUGAUGUCAAGAGACAGCAUGUAUGA